AUGGAAGGUGAGGCAGAUCGAGGGGAGUGGCUCGUGGCAGUCGCCUCGACGGCGUCCUCGCCGUCCACCGCGGUGUCGUCCAAGCACGGCGGCGGCGGCUACAGGAUCGUGGGCGGGCCCAACGGCAAUGUCGUCGCGCCCGCCACCAAGUCCACCAUCGUCGAGACCACCGUCAAGAGGGUUAUCUUCGAUUUCUGGUUCCUGGCGCUCCUCGUCGUCGCGGGGUCAUUCGUCGGCUCCCUACUGUGCUUCCUCAAUGGUUGUGUCUUCAUCAAAGAGGCAUACCGGGUUUACUGGUCGAGCAGCGGCAAGGGCAGGAGGCAUUGUCGCUCUAGAACAUUGUUGCUGCUUUGCGUUGACGUACACUGUUGCAUUGCACAAUCUUUUGCAGAUGUGUAUCUUGCUGGAACGGUCAUGUUGAUAUUUGGGAUGGGUCUCUACAGUCUCUUCGUCAGCAACGCUUCCGCGGAUGUUCGUUCUGAAUACAAACGUGCCCUGAGCGGAUCGUCGCUGUUCGGGAUGUUCGCUUUGAAGAGUAAAUAUGAACGGUCGUGUCACGACCAUCCAACAGUUUAUGAACUAUACUCAACAAGUCUUGGUGGUGUUCCUAAUGUAAAUGGGGACUCAAUGACAACAUGA